UAUAAGGGGAAGUAAUCGUAAUAUAAACAAAUCAACGCAAAGAAAUGGAGAUAAACAACCUUCCACCGGAAUUACUUGUAACAAUAUUUCAACAUCUCAGUAAAGAAGAUCUAAUAUGGACGAUACACAAUGUGUGUACGUAUUGGCGACACGUAGCACAAGCCGGGAAUUUAUGGACAUAUUUAGAUGUUAACCGCCUCGUUAUCGAAAACCACGGAAAACAGAAAUCAUUGUUAAAGUAUCUUCUCGCGAUUUUAAUUCACGUUCAGUAUGUGAAAUCAUCUUCAGAUCGCUUGCUUCCUUUACUGUUAAAAAGUAAAGACACUUUGAGAAAUAUUCGACGAAUUGAUCUGGUACCUACAACUAACUCUUCCUUCCUCAGCUCAAAAGAACUGUUUAAUGGCCUACGUGCGAAAUGUCCAAAUCUUAAUGCUCUUCGCUUGAAAUUUUAUUCAGUGUCUCUUUCUGUUUUGAAUCAAGUUUUUGAUCUUAAUUUAAAAAACGUUACCUUAAUUCACGAACAGAACCUAGGAAACACACGUGACAUAAGUAGUCGUGGUAACAGAGAGAUGGAAACCGUCGCCAUACUAUUAAAGGAAAAGGCAAAUGAAAUCAGGAAAACCAAAAGAAUUGAGCUCCAUUCGUUUUCUAGCGAUUUUUUAGCACCGGUCUUGGAAUUAAAUUUGUCAAAUCUGACCCGUCUGACGGCAUUUGGAAAUUUCAUAAAGGAUAGCACAAUACACACAAUUCUCUUCCCUAAAACAAACAUAACCGAGCUGUGUUUAGAUUUUUCAAAUAUUACUGACCAAAGCUUAAAUGAAAUAGCUGAAACUGCUACAAAUUUAAGAUAUUUGUCAUUGAAAUGCUGUAGCAGAAUUACUGAUAAAGGAAUUGUCAUGGUAACAAAAUCCUGCAAGAAGUUAGAAAGACUUAACAUUCGGAACUCAAUGUCGAACGGUAGGCAUUUUGCUUCUAAUUUAUCUCUAGGUGCUAUUGCUCCGGGAUGUACCUCCCUGAAAAAUGUGUCAGUGCAAUAUUUGUCGACUUUCGAUAUUGCUACUUUAACGGCUUUGACGCAGUCAUGUCGAAUGUUGACGUCACUCAGUUUCAAUGACUGUUGCAGCCUGUCUGACGCGUCUUUGGAAGUAAUUGGACAAAACUGUCCAGUCUUGUUUUCUGCAGAUUUCAGCCAGUGUCCGGAAAUUACAUUGGACGGCGUUAGAAUCUUGUUAACACGCUGCCUUGCAAUGGAGAAUAUAAGCUGUAUGGUUUGCGAUGGAAUUACAAAUUUUUCCCAAAGUUCAGAGACACCACCAAAGGAAACCGCCACGGAAGUUCUUAGAAACGAGCAUGCGCAGCAUGGUAAAGAUACGGCUACUCUGAGGGAACCAGAUGAUGAAGGGAAGCUGAAAUGUUCACAACUUAGGAACUUCAAUCUGUCUUACUGUUAUAAUUUGGAACCGGAAGCACUUAUUGUGAUAUCAGAAUUAUGUAGAAAUCUACGCAUGAUUAUUUUACGUUUUUGUGAAGGUCCAGUAAAUGACGUCAACGUUGAUAUUUUACGUUGUGUUUUUACAAAUUGUUGCUUCCUCGAAUACAUUUUAGUUGGUCCUGGAUUAAAUUCUACAGUACAAAGAAAAGAUAUUUUAAUUUAACAAAAAAAAAAAAAGAAAUUAACUUUUGUGUUAUUUUUGUAAGAAUAUACCAUAUGAAACAUAUUUACAUUAUAUGUUUAUACUUUUA